AUGUCCUUCAAAAACGUCAUCGUUGUCGGAGGUGGCGGCAACCUCAGUCCCGCCAUCAUAGACGCCCUCGUGAAAUCACCACACAACUACACCGUCUCAGUCCUCUCUCGCGAACAAUCAACAUACCAGGCACCAUCCGGCGUCAAACACCUCAAAACAGACUACACCCACGACUCCCUCGUAUCCGCUCUCAAGGGCCAGGAUGCCGUAAUCUCAGCCAUCGCUGGCUUUGCCAUCGCUGACCAAAAGAAGAUCAUUGACGCAGCUAUUGAAGUCGGCGUGAAACGCUUCUUCCCAUCCGAAUUCGGUUCUGAUACCACCACUUCCCUCGCCUUGGAUUAUUUUCCAGGAUGGGCGCCCAAGGUCGAGAUUAGGGAUUAUUUGAAGAGUAAGGAGGACAAGAUUGAGUGGACUGUUGUUUUCAACAAUUUCUUCUUUGAUUGGGGCCUGAAAGUCGGCUUCAUCGCCUUCAACGCCAAAGACAAAACAGCCACCAUAUUCCCCAAAUACAAAGACGUUACAUUCUCAGCCACAAACCUGGGAGACGUCGGAAACGCAGUUGCGCAGGCUUUGUCACCAGAGAUCGCACCCAAAACAGCCAACCAGAUCCUGCGCAUUCGCACACUGACAACAUCUCAAUCCGAACUUUUGGCCGCAUUCGAAAAGGCCACCGGGGAGAAGUUUACCGUUACAGAAGCAGAUCUAGACGCCGAAGUGUCCGAGGCUAAGGAGAAGUUGUCAAAGGGUGAUUUCAGUGGUGUAGGCACGCUUAUUGUCGCGGCUGCUUUGGAUGAGCGCACUGGCAAUGAUUUUGAUAAGGCGGGUAAUGUUUCGAAUGAGUUGUUGCAGCUGCCGAGCCUACAGGUUGAGGGAGCUAUUAAGGCUCUUCUCUAA